CACCUCUAAAGAGGGCUCGGGAGUAGUAAGCUCCGUUUCCGGCUUAGAAUCAGGGUCUGGAGAAGGGGGUGUUUGGAGGCGCCAUGUCGGGCCGGGAAGGUGGCAAAAAGAAGCCCCUGAAACAGCCCAAGAAGCAGGCCAAGGAAAUGGAUGAGGAAGAUAAGGCUUUCAAGCAGAAACAAAAAGAGGAGCAGAAGAAACUCGAGGAGCUAAAAGCCAAGGCCGCGGGGAAGGGACCCCUGGCCACAGGUGGAAUUAAGAAAUCUGGCAAAAAGUAAGCUGUUCCUCAUAUCUGAGAUGAUGGUGACCCUCUUCCAUUCCUAUUUAAACAUCUGGAUUCCCUGCCAUAACAUCUUUGCCAUCUACAGCUAGAAUGAAGUGUUAUCCUGGAGCCUGUUAAACAUCUGGAUUCCCUACUAUAACAUCAUUGCCACCUACAGUUAGAAUGAAGUGUUAUCCUGGAGCCUGUUGUACAUUGUAAUAAACUUUUGUAAAAAAACAAAUAAUAAUAAAAUAAAUAAUAAAAAAAAAAACAAACAAACAAAAAAAAAAAGAGGGCUCGGGUGACUCUGCAGCCCUAGGUUCAUUUCACAGAAUCCUUGCUUAGCUGAUACAGCUAGCCUAGUCCAACCUUUAGUGAGCGAGGGGACCUGAAGCAGGCAGCCAGCUAUACGAGAGACACUGCUUCCAGGGGUUUUAUGAGAGCAAACAAUUUUGUAGUUUUUCCCAUUUUAUUCUCACAUAUCCUCAGAUGACCAGAAUAGUCACUGCAUUGUGGAAGUCAGCAUAUCUUCCCUGAGUUAUGAAUACUGAACUUCUGAUUAAGUAAUUUUUUCUCAUCUGAGUUGAUGAGACCCAGGUAGUAGUUGUGGGGUUUUCAGCACUGUAAAUGUACCUUUGUAUCUAGGUUUUUAUGGUCUUAUCCUCUUUUGAAAGUUGCUGUUAAACUCUUCCUGCCAUGUUCUGCAUAAUUUUAUUUACCGCUCAUUCCACAGUGGCUAACGACAGCGCUCCAGAGCAUGCCCUGAGGCCUGGCUUCUUGUCCACCUUCGCCCUUGCGACAGAUCAAGGCAGCAAACUCGGAC